AACGGCCGCCGGUCGUCGUUGGCCACGUCACCCGAUCCCGGCAUCCCCAGCCCGAAGCAUCACAACCUGAUCCUCCUCCCCCACACGGCCACACCACAAUUCUCAGAAAAAAUCCCUCCCGCUCCCACCACCGCCGCAGCCCUCUCCUCCUCCGCCUCCGCAUCACAUUCCACUUCCAUUCCCGCGGCCCGCGCCGCCAUCAUGGCCACCGCCUCCCUCCUCGAGGCCACUCGCCUCCUUUCCACCCCGCGCCCGCCCCGCCGCAGCCUCCACACCCACCUCCUCAGGACCCCGCGCCUCUCCGCUCUCCGCGCUCACCUCCACCGUUCCGCAACUCUCGACGCGCAGGAGCCGACGGCGAGGCCUGGCGCGCUCCUGGUCCUCGACGCGCUCAGGAGGUCCGUGGUCGACUCCCUCGCGGCGCUCAAGCGGCCCGCGCUCGCGCUCCUGCUGGCCGGCGCGCUGCUCGCCGCGGCGUCAAUGGGCGGGCCGCACGCCGCGGCGCUGGCCGCUUCGGGCGGGCGCGUCGGCGGGUCCGCCUUCUCCUCCCGCUCCUCCUCACCUCCGUCCUACGGCUACAGCGCGCCGGCGCCCAGGGGCGGGUACACGGCCGCGCCCUACUACUCGCCUUCGCCCUUCGUGUCCUUCGGCCCGGCCGUCGGCAUCGGCUUCGGGGGAUCGGGUUUCCUCGUGACCCUCAUUGGCUUCGCGGCAUUCCUCUAUCUCGCCGGGUUCCUGUCCGACUCGUCAGGCGGUACCAGUGUGCUUACAGAGACGGAUAAGACCACCGUCCUCAAGCUACAGGUUGGCUUGCUGGGCAUGGCACGAUCAUUUCAGAAGGAGCUUGACCAAAUAGCUGAGAAAGCAGAUACAUCUACUCCGGCUGGCUUGAGCUAUGUGUUGACAGAGACAACAUUAGCAUUACUUCGGCAUCCGGAUUGUUGUAUCUCAGCUUACUCUUCGGUGGAUGUGAAACGUAGCGUGGAUGAUGGUGAGAAACGUUUCAAUCAGCUUUCAAUUGAGGAGAGGGGCAAGUUUGAUGAAGAGACACUUGUCAACGUGAACAGCAUCAAGAGGAAUAAAGGAGGCAGCCAAAGAUCAAGUGGUUUUAGCAACGAGUACAUUGUGAUAACCAUAUUGGUUGCUGCUGAGGGAGUACAUAAGCUGCCGGUUAUAAAUAGCAGCAAUGACUUAAAGACAGCUCUACAAAAGAUGGGUGCCAUACCAUCAAGCAAAAUACUGGCAGUCGAGGUCCUGUGGACUCCGCAAAAUGAGAAUGACACAUUGUCCGAGCGAGAGCUCCUUGAAGAUUACCCGCUCUUAAGGCCUCUGUAGAAAGAUAAAAGUUACAGAUUGCCCGUGCAAAGGAAGAACACGCCGUAGAUUCAGUUUUGGCGGUUUUCUUAUUAGUUAUAGCACAGAUCCUGCGUUUGUAUAAUAAGUGUAUAAUAAUUUGUAAUUGGCGUCUCUGAUAGCCUUCAUUUCAGAACAUGGAACGUGCAAAUCUGCAAUUGUCUGUCAGUAGUCUUGUUCAAUCUUCCUGACACAAUAACACAAAAUUGUAAAUAGAUUGUUCAGAGAAAAAAUAAAACAGGACAUGCUGCAUUUGUGCGUGUA